UUUCCUCUGUCAGCUUCACGACGAGACCCUGAGAAAAGUUAACAAGAAUGACAAAAGUAUCGUCUCGGUUGACCACCAUCGACGUCUGUGGCGGGAAGAGGAGGAGGGCUGUCAACGUUGUCUAAGUCACGACAAUGCGGUUCAAACAAAGAAGGCAGUGAUUUGCGGUCUUGGUGGUUUUUGUCCUGCUAUAGCCAGGGCUGGGUCCCGUUAUAGUUGUUGAGUCGGUGGCUCGCCAAGAUGUCUAUGGAGGAGCGGGACUGUGCUGAGGCGGUGCUGGUGACAGAGGCCGGGCCGCAGUGGCUCCAAGCCGAGGUAGAGCGUCUCAAUCGGGAGCUGCGAGAAACGACACAGGAGAAGAUCCAGGCUGCUGAGUAUGGGCUGGCGGUGCUGGAGGAGAAACAACAGCUCAAGCAGCGAUUUGAUGAGUUGGAGACAGAGUACGAGACGGUCCGACAGGAGUUGGACCAGCUGAAGGAGGCCUUUGGGCAAGCUUACUCAACCCACAGGAAGGUGGCAUUAGAUGGGGAAAGCAGGGAAGAAUCGCUGAUCCUGGAGUCCGCCAGUAAGGAGGCUCUCUACCAGCAGAAAGUCCUGGAGUUGCAGAAUGAGCUUCGACUGUCAAAAGCCUCCAUCACCAGUGCACAAGCUGAAAAUGAGCGCCUGUCAUCCAUUGUCCUGGAAAUGAAAGAGAAUUCAGAGAUGGUGGAGCUGCAGCGCGGUCAGCUGCGUGAUGACAUCAGGGAGUACAAGGUGCGGGAGGCUCGUCUGCUGCAGGACUGCAGUGAGCUGGAAGAGGAGAACAUCUCUCUUCAGAAACAAGUGUCUGUGCUGAGACAGAACCAGGUGGAAUUUGAAGGCCUAAAGCAUGAGAUCCGCCGUUUGGAGGAGGACUCCCAGUGUUUACACAGCCAGCUGGAGGAAGCCAUGCGCCUCAGAGAGAUCGCUGAGCGCCAGCUAACGGAGGCCUUAGAGACGAUUAAAACGGAGCGUGAGCAGAAGGCCGCCCUGCGCAAAGAGCUCUCACAUUACAUGACCAUUGGUGGCUCUGUGUACAGCAGCUCUUUCAAUAUCUCCAUCGACAACCUAAAACUCCACGACGAUCCUUCCACCGUCACAGAGCCUGAUAAUGACGACCUAAUCCGAGGCUUCGAGAAUGGCUUGGUUAAGGCAGGUGAAGGUGAUGAGGACAACCGAGCUGCUGUGAACAAGAGAGGAGAGCACUUCAAACCGGCUCCUAGCCUGGUAGACGACCUGCUGAGUGAGCUCAACAUCUCUGAGAUCCAGAAGCUUAAACAGCAGCUUGUACAGGUUGAGCGGGAGAAAGUGGCCCUCAUCAAUUCCCUACAGGAGAUCCAGAAACAGCUGGAACAGGCCUACGGGACUGUGUCCGAACAAAAGGAAACCGUCAACAAGCUCACUGAGAACCUCAGCGCAAUGAGGAAACUCCAGGCCAGUAAAGAGCGCCAGUCUGCCCUUGACAGUGAGAAAGACCGGGACAGCCAUGAUGACGGAGACUACUAUGAGCUUGACAUCAACGGACCUGAGAUCCUGCAGUGUAAAUACACUGUGGCUGUUUCUGAAGCUGGGGAGUUGAGGCAGGAACUGAAGACACUGAAGGCACAGUACGAGGAAUGUCGGACACAGUACGAAGAUGAGAGAACACGUCUGGAGAGUGACGUCCAGGACUUGAGGUCAAACUUAGCAUCCCUGGAGAAGAUUAGCCAAACAGACAAAGCGGAGGUGGCUCGUUUGGAAAAGGAGCUCCGUCUGGUCAGCGAGGCUGCAGGAGAGUCACUCGGCAGCCUUAAUUUGGCGCAGGAUGAGCUCAUAGCUUUCAGUGAGGAACUGGCUAAUCUCUACAACCAUGUAUGUAUGUGCAACAAUGAGACUCCGAACCGUGUCAUGCUUGACUACUACAAGGAAGGCAAGGCCAUUAUUAGAAGAGGGCAAGAAGGGAAGGAGCAAAACUCUGCUGUACUCCUCACUAAUGGACUGAUCAGUGAGACUGACCCUGGAAAGUCAAACUCCAGUAGCACCACAGUUACUCCAGCUCCAGCCCUAGAGCACCGCCCAGAACCCAUGAACAUCUAUAACAGUGUAGCUAUCAUCCGAGACCAGAUCCGCCACCUACAGCAGGCAGUGGAUCGCACCACGGAGUUGUCACGCCAGAGACUUGCCAAUAUGGAGCUGAGCGCAGUAGCAGACAAGGACAAAGAGGCUUGCAUGGAAGAAAUUCUCAAAGUUAAAUCCCUGCUCAGCACCAAAAGGGAACAGAUCGCCACACUCAGAGCUGUGCUGAAGGCCAACAAACAGACUGCCGAGGUUGCUCUGGCCAACCUGAAGAGUAAGUAUGAAAGCGAGAAGGUCAUGGUGACUGAGACGAUCAUGAAACUCCGCAAUGAACUCAAGGCUUUGAAAGAAGAUGCUGCCACUUUCUCCUCUCUUCGAGCCAUGUUUGCUACAAGGUGCGACGAGUAUGUCACCCAGCUGGAUGACAUGCAGAGGCAACUGGCUGCUGCCGAGGAUGAAAAGAAGACCCUGAAUUCUCUGUUACGUAUGGCCAUCCAGCAGAAACUGGCUUUAACCCAGCGCCUGGAGGAUUUGGAGUUUGAUCAUGAACAGGCACGCCGCAGCAGUGCCUCAGCGGGAGGAGGCAAGGGCAAAACAAAGGGCAAGGGGGCCUCUUCCAAUCGUCAUUAAAUCUCUCCAAGUCAAGUGUCCUUAAGGUGGUUCGUCAGUGACUGUGACGGAUGGCAGUCACCUGUUCUCCUGGUUUCUUCAACUCUCUAAUCAUGCUUCAAAUCAUGUGAUUGCUAACACAAGAACAUACCCAACAGUAUUUGCAAAGGGCCUUGUUUUAGAGUGCCAAAACAAACACGUACAGUUCUUUACAGUCUUGUCCAGAUAUGUGACUGCAUAAAACGCAACACAAAGCAUCAGCUGCCCUCUGCGGUCUGUCAGUCUUCCAACAGUAUACACCACUAUCCUUACUGAAUCAUAGGAAGAAUCAAGAUGUGUUUUGCUGAUUAAUCUUUGCCUGUGUAAUCCUGACUGAGCACUUUCUGUUUUACUUAUUUGCUCUUAGCUGAUUCCACUCUUUCUAAACUCUAAUUGUUUCAAAUAUUAUACUACAGUAUAUAUGUAUUGGAUGUGCAUGUUUAUCUGUCAGAUUCCUCACGUCAUUUCCAAGUGACUAUUUUAUUCAUAUUUAUUUCAUAGUAACAUAAAAUUCAAAGCGGUCCUUUUUAACUUUGAACUGACUGUUUGAAAUCAAAAGACAAAAGAGCUUUUCUGCCUUAAGUUGUUUUCUUUUUGGCCUUUGAUGAGGGAUGUUAUUCUGACAGCCCAAAGAAACAAGCACGAUUUUUGAUAACAGUAUCUCCUGCUUAUCUCAUGACAAAAUAAUAUAAUACUUUGUUUUCAUUGAAUGGUCCUUGAAAUAUGGAGCUUCAAAUUCAGGGUCUUAAUUAGAUUUUAUAUAACUGGGGAUUUGUGGACAUGGAAGAGCUGUUACAAAUUAUGCUUGCUACAAAUAAUUGUAAUAGUAUUGAUACAAAAUGUAUUUAAGGAUUUCUAAGUUAAGGUCAGAUGUUAAUAGUAUUCAUAAACUUUAUUCAUGAAGGAGAGUUUUUUAAUAUUGUUUUAAUACAGAUUUUUGUAAACCCUUUGUGUCCUAAAUUUCACUGUUGUCAAACAAAACACCUGCAGUGCCAUUUUGUGUGUUUUAUUAUGCAAGUGCAAUUUGCAAACAUGGUUAAAACUUCAUGUUUAUGCUAUGUCAAAAUAUUUUACUCAUUGUUGCUUACAUUCUUGGUCCCAAGUGAUUUUUUUUGUAUGUUUUUACUACAACUGCUUUUCUAUUUAUUUGCCACUGUUCAGACUGCAGGAUGUCAUCAUCCUCUUUGUUUCAUAAGGGAGUACGAGUGGAGUUGGGUGAUCCGAAUUUCAGGAGGAAAGAACCUGUGGUAAAACACUAGCAAGAUUCAUGACUGCAGGCAACUGUCUAUGCUAACAGUUAUGGUUGGUGAAGAAAUAAAUCUAAC